CCCCUUCCGUCCAGCCAUUGGCCUGUGCGCCUGAAGCCACGCCCCCUCCUAACAGUCAGUGGUCCGCGGCCUGCGAGAGCCGCGCGGAUUGGCUGAGCCUUCGCCCCGCUCCUUCCGCCCGGCCAUUGGUCCGCGCGCGCCAAGCCCAGCCCCCUUCGCUCAUUCAUUGGUUCGCGGCCAGCGAGCUCCGCUCUGAUUGGCCAAGCCUCCUCCUCGUCCGCUCUGGGCUGGGGCUUGCGCAUGCGCAGUCCUCCUCCCCGCUCGGGGUCGCUGCGGCGCCUUUCCCAUCAUGCUCCGCGCCCUCGGCAUGGCCGCUGUGCUCCGCCGCUACUGAGGAGGCGCCGGGCCCGCCCCGCUCCGCUCCGUUCCGUUCCGCCCCGCCGCCACCACCACCGCUCCCACCCGCCAUGGCUGACUGGGCCCCCGCUCAGGACCUGGAGUGGGAGAUGGAGCCUCAGGAGCUGCCCCUGGAGCAGCAGCCGCCGCCCCCCGCCGCUGGUGAGAACGAAGAAGCCGAACUGCCCGCCGCCGAGAUCUCCCUGACGCUUGUGGCCGAGCUCCAGGCCGUGGACAGGAAGGUGGACGCCCAAGCUGCUCAAUUAAUGAACCUGGAAGGAAGGAUGAGGAUGGCCGAAACAAAGCUGAUCGGCUGUGAGAAGACGGCGGUGGAGUUUGGGAACCAGCUGGAGAGCAAAUGGACGGCGCUGGGCACCCUCAUCCAGGAGUACGGGCAGCUGCAAAAGAGGCUGGAGAACAUGGAGAACCUCCUGAAGAACAGGAACUUCUGGAUCCUGCGGCUGCCCCCCGGGGCGAAGGGGGAGGUCCCCAAGGUCCCUGUGGCAUUCAACGAUGCUUCGUUUAACUUCUCAGAGGAGGAGUGGAAGAGCUUGAACGAGUGGCAGAAGGAGCUCUACAGGCACAUCAUGAAAGGGAACUAUGAGGCCGUCAUCUCGAUGGAUGCUGCCAUUUCGAAACCUGACCUCCUGUCACGGAUUGAGCAAGGAGAGGAUCCCAAUGCGGAGGAUCAGGAUGAAUCUGAGGGAGGAGAAACCCCUACGGACCCCAGCACUGAGUUUUCCUUUCCUGGUCCUGAUGACUAUUCGUGGAGCAAAUACGAAGAGACUCUGGCUGAAAGCCCCAACGAGGGCUCUGACGAAGAGGAAUGCCUGGAGGUCCCUAGUACAUUGUCUGGGCUUUCCCGAGAAGUCUUUAUCCGUGAUCCGGACGAGGGGAUCGAGUGCUCCCUCAGUCAGUUUGCAGAUGACACCAAGUUGGGCGAGAGUGUCGAUCUGCUUGAAGAUGAACAGCAGUGCGAUGAGGAAGGUUCUGAAAGCCUUGAGCUUCCCACCUCAUUGACAGGAAAGUGGGAAGAGGUUUUCUCCAGCCCAGAAGAAGAAGCAAAACCAAGCAGCAAAAGCCGUAGCGGAUCAACCCAGCAGCAGAGAACGGGCAACGGGCUGAGGCGCUCUUCUCGCCGUGGGAGAGAUAUGGCCAAGAAGGACAUUCCUGAGGACGUGGCGGCAGUGGAAGGGCCGUACAUCUGCUGCGAGUGCGGGCAGAGCUUCCUAGACAAGCAGCUCUUCGCCACCCAUCAGAAAGCCCACGCCAACGAGGAAGCUUGCACUUCCUUGGAGCACGGAGAAAGCUUCAGGCAGAAAUCCAAAACGAGCGCUGGGCCCUCCCGUUCCAAACAGUCCAAGCGCUCUUCCGAUGGGGAGAAGAGCUCCGGUUUCAAGUAUGGCUUGGUCCGACACCAGGUGAACAACAUGGUGGAGCGACCCUACACUUGCUCCCAGUGCAAGGAGAGCUUCAGCCUGGAAGUGAGCCUUAUCCUGCACCAGAAGCUCCAUACGGAGAAGGGCGAUGGGCCGCUGACGUGCACCUACUGCGGGAAGGACUUCCGAGACCUUUCCAAAGCCAUCCGCCAUCAGCGCAUCCAUACUGGCGAGAGGCCAUACCAGUGCACCGAAUGCGGGAAGAGCUUCAUCCGGCGCGACCACCUGCUCAAACACUGGCGCGUCCACACCGGAGAGACUCCCUACCAAUGUCCCGUCUGCGGGAAGCACUUUCGCUACAAAGAGUCGCUGAAUUGUCACCAGAAAAUCCACUCCCGUAACCCUCGGCCGAUGGAGGAUUCGCAGCACAACCUGGAGUCGGGCACUCAAACUGGCCAUUUUUGCGUGAAAACAGAGACUAAGCAGGGCCGCUGUUCCCCCCCGCUGCCCCUCCCGCCCCCCCCCGCUCCUCCCUGGGCCGCGGCGCCCUCGAGCGCCCCGUGCGGCGGCGGCGGAGGCAGCGGCGGGGCCGGGGCGGCGCGGAGCAGCGGCGGAGCCGGGACCCGCAGCCGCGGCCGCUCUCUUCGCCUCCGCCGUCCCCUCCCUUCCCCGUCGGCGCUUUUCCCUUCCCCCCUCCCCUUUCCUUUCCUUUCCUCCGUUAUCUUUUUUCCCCCCCUCUCUCCCUCCGUUUCUCCCCCCGGUCCCGGCGGGUCUCGCCGCGCCGCCCCCGCCGCGCCGGGCCCUGCCCGAUGCCCGGUGCCGGAGGGAGGUGAAGGAGCGAACGGGCGCCGGGUCCCCCCGGGCACGGAACAAAGCGCCAUGGCCGAGGCGCCGGAGCCGGUGCUGCCGCCGCGUUGCCCCUCACCCCUCCGGCCCCCCGCCGGCCCCGAACGCACGUCGGAACGGGAGACACAGACGGCCGAGCUGUCACUGACGUUGGUGGCAGCCGUGCAGGCGGUGGAAAGGAAGGUGGAUUCCCAUUCCACUCGUCUCCUCGACCUGGAAGGUCGGACUGGGAUGGCGGAGAAGAAGCUGAUCGACUGUGAGAAGACGGCGGCUGAGCUGGGGAACCAACUGGAGAGCAAAUGCGCGGCGCUGGGGACCCUCAUCCAGGAGUACGGGCUGCUCCAACGGCGCCUGGAGAACAUGGAGAACCUCUUGAAGAACAGGAACUUCUGGAUCCUACGGCUGCCCCCGGGCAGGAAGGGGGAGAUCCCCAAGGUGCCGGUGACAUUUGAUGACGUGUCUGUGUAUUUCAACAACAAGGAAUGGGAGAAGCUGGAGGAGUGGCAGAAGGAGCUCUACAAGAAUGUGAUGAAGGGGAACUACGAGUCUCUGAUCUCUCUGGACUAUGCGAUCUCCAAACCUGGUGUUUUGUCUCAGAUCGAGCAAGGAGAGGAAGUGCGGGUCAGGAACGAGCAGGACUUGGAGGAGAGCGAGAUCAUGACCGAUGCCACCGCAGCUGGGAUAAGGGUUGUGAUCAAAACGGAGGAGCUCCUUCCUGAAGACAGCCCUGAAAACCCUGAGCUGCAUGGGAUGUCCGGACAGUCGGAAGGGAGCUUCCAAAGUCCGGAUGAGGAAGCAGCCUGCGAGAGCCCCUACGGCUCCGUCUCACCUCCGAGGGACCUCCCGGGAACCAGCCUGGGUGACUCGUCUGAAUACGGAGCUGACUUCAAUGAGAUCCAGAGAGUCAUUGUUCACCACGGGAACUGCACAGAGGAUGGGAUCGUGAUCAAGACAGAGGAGGAGGAGGAGGAUGAUGACGCCGACACCCUGGAGCCGUGUGCCAUGUUCUCAGGCAGGACGGAGCCGCCGGCGUUCCCCAGCCACGAGGCCGGGCUGGGCUGCGAGGCGCAGUGCAGCUCCAAAACGCAGCCCAGGAGCCUGGCGGCCACCCGCAUGGGCAAACCUUCCACCUGCGAGAGGGACUCCGGGGAAAUGAAACCGGCCAUCGCCCAGCAGCGGAACCGGACGAGGGAGAGACCCUACAUCUGCCCGGAGUGCGGGAAGAGCUUCAUGCUGAAGAUCAACUUCAUGAUCCACCAGCGCAACCACCUCAAGGAAGGGCCCUACGAGUGCCACGAGUGCGACCUCAGCUUCCGCAACAAGCAGCAAUUCCUGCUGCACCAACGUAGCCACACGCGCCGCGGCGUAGGUGUCCCGCGGCGCCCGGAGCACGGCCUCAAGCCCCAAGCUCGGCCUCCGCCACCGGGGAAGCCCUACAAGUGCUCCGAGUGCGAGAGUAGCUUCAGCCACAAGUCGAGCCUCAGCAAACACCAGAUCACCCACGUCGGAGAGCGGCCCUUCACCUGCGGCGAGUGCCGGAGGAGCUUCCGCCUGCAGAUCAGCCUCAUCAUGCACCAGAGAAUCCACGCCGGCAAAAGCGAGAUGGCUUUUCUUUGCCCCCAGUGUGGGAAGAACUUCACCCGACCCUCCCACCUCCUGCGGCACCAGCGGACUCACACCGGCGAGCGGCCCUACCAGUGCAGCCAGUGCGAGAAAACCUUCAGCGAGAAGUCCAAGCUCACCAACCAUUACCGCAUCCACACCCGGGAGCGCCCGCACGCCUGUGCCGUUUGCGGGAAAGGUUUUAUCCGUAAGCACCACCUUCUGGAACACCAACGCAUCCACACGGGCGAACGGCCCUACCACUGCACCGAGUGCGGCAAGAACUUCACCCAGAAGCAUCACCUCCUGGAGCACCAGCGCGCUCACACCGGCGAGCGGCCCUACCCCUGCACCGAGUGCACCAAGUGCUUCCGCUACAAGCAGUCCCUCAAGUACCACCUGAGGACGCACAUGGGAGAGUGAGGGGCUGCCGACGGGCUUCCUCUCCCUCCAUCCAUCCCUCCAACCCUUCUCCUCCGCUCAUCUCUCCCACCUUCCCUCCAUCCCUCCCCCUCCAGCUCAGGGCAUGGACAUCAAGGAUGCUUUGUGUGUGGUAGCGCCGCUGCUCUGGUGGAGACGUCUAGGCUGAUUGGGAAUAAAUUAAUUAAUUAAAGCAAAGCAACGUGCGGCAAAAUUAAAAAGAGAAAAAAAAAAAUUAUAUAUAUAAAAUUAACAGAAACAGCUGAUUUAGGGGGAAUCUUCACCAUCAGAAACAAAGCAAACCGACCGACGACAAAAGAAACCUGCGCAGGGUGUUUGGCCGGAGUAGGACUCGUUAACUGCUUUUUAAAAAAAACUACUGUUUUGGGGUUUUUUUUUAAUAAAUGUGGAGGAACUUUUUAUUUGAUAAGCAAACUUAGGAUCACCAAGAUAUUUUUCUUUUUUUUUUUUGGUUUCGAAUGCUCUGUAGGCUGAUUCUGGCACAGUCGCUUUUGGCCAGGAGCUCCGGUCAUCCGGGUUGGCUGCGAGAGCCGCUCAGCAGCGCCGGCUAACGAGGAGCUCGCAGCCAGGGGGGAAGCGAGGAAGAAAUAGAUCCAAAUAAUGACCAGGAGGUUCUCGGUGUGUCUAGAUUGGAAGCGCUGAUAGGUGCCUGCCCGGCUCUCGGAGCUGUGAAGCACUCCUGAAUUAUAAAAUAGAAUAAAAUAGUUGCAGUAAACCCCUUUUUUUGGUAGGACCCCAUCAACAAGGCUCCUCCAAGCACUCAUUUCUAGCGUUUCAUCCUUCCGCAGCGGCAGGAACUGGGCGCUCAGCCCUCUCACCGCGACGAGAGCUGCGUGGAAGGCAUCGUUGGCCGGCAAAGGGGGGGGUGGUUGUAGAUGCGGGUCUUGCCGUGGGUCGUGCUGUUUAGAGCUCGAUGUGUUUUAACUGCUCUUCUGCUCCUCUGCUCUCCUCGAAUCACACCCGGGAGCAGCGAGAUUCCUGCUCCAGAUGGAGGAGCAGCUCGGGGCUUCCCGUGGGAGAGCCCGCUGCCAGCGCCCCUCGCCACGGGGCUGUGGCCGGAGUCCCGGUGACGGAGCCAUGGGUCAUUCUUGGGUUGUUGGUUUGAGCUCCUGGCUCCAGCGGCUCGGUUCUCCGUGGUCUCAUCCUCAUCGCAGCUUGGGCUGUGGAAGGGUGAGAUGCACCCAAAAGAUCGGGCUGGGGGCCAGAGCCGUGACUCUCGUUCCGUGGUGCUCAGCAGGCUCCUGGCCAGGGGGUGGCGUGGGGAGGACAGUGUCAGAUCUCAUGUUGGCAUCAAUAAACAGAGCGAUGAUGGGAUAAAUUGUCGGGACCUGUUAAUUAUAGACUCAUAGAAUGGUUUGGAUUGGAAGGGCUCUCAAAGCUCAUCCAGUUCUACCCCCUGCUGUGGGCAGGGACACCUCCCGCUGGAUCAGGUUGCUCCAAGCUCCAUCCAACCUGGCCUUCAACACCUCCAGGGAUGGGAUCUGGGGGUUCUGGUUGGUGGCAAGUUAGAACCAUGGAACCAUGGGAUGGGUUGGGUUGGAAGGGACCUCGAAGCCCAUCCAGUUCCACCUCCCUGCCAUGGGCAGGGACACCCUCCCGCUGGAUCAGGUUGCUCCAAGCCCCAUCCAACCUGGCCUGGAACACCUCCAGGGAUGGGGCAGCCACCACGUCUCUGGGCAACCUGUUCCAGGGCCUCCCCACCCUCACAGCAAAACAUUUCCCCCUAAGAUCUCAUCUUGAU